CUGAGAGGGAAACGGGUGGGAUGAAUAGAAGGAAGCACCUCUACCGUAGCGACAUCGCCCUCCGUUUCUCUUCUCGACGGAUCUCGACUUGCCUGAUACUACCGCAUCGUGACCUUCACUAAGAACUCCCCAACGACCCAGCACCAACCCCUAACUCUUCCGACGAUGCUCGCCAAACUCCUCAUCUCCGCCCUGGCCGCCUUGUCGACCCUCACCCAGGCCUGCCCGGAACACGACUUCCACGCCCGUCGACAUAUAAAACGUGCCGAACCCGCCGAUACCGUCUGGGCCUACGAAGCUUCUUACAACUGGGGCCAGCUCUCAGAGUCCUUCUCGUUGUGUCAAGCGGGGACGCAACAAGCUCCCAUCCCCUUACUCCUCACGCAGGGGUUGAGUUUGAACCAUAUCCCAAGGUUCGGGGAGGGGUAUAAUGGGACGGCGAAUGGGACGUUCUUCAAUUGGGGUUACGGACCGGCCAUGUCCCUCGCACACGAGCAAGGGGUAUAUACGACUCUCCCUAGCUUCACGUUCGACGAUAACGGCGUCAACGAGACGGUUUACCUGACCGGAUGGCACAUCCACGCUCCCGCUGACCAUUCCGUCGGUGGGGACCGAUCGAAAGCCGAACUCCAUUUCGUACAUACCACCUCGGAGGGUACUCCGAGGGCUGUGCUGGCUUUCCGGAUCGAUCCCGGUAACUCCGACUCGCCCUUUUUUGCGGGUCUGCCGAGGUAUUUCAGUUUUAGGGAGGUGGAGAAGAAUACGACGACGAGCAUGAGCCCGGGGGAGGUUUUGAGGGAGGUCAAUUGGUUCAGCGAGUUUUGGACUUAUCGAGGAUCCCUGACCAGCCCCCCCUGUACGGAGGGCAUCCGGUUCUUCGUCGCGCGAAACAUCCUGUUCGUCGGGAACGCCCAGAUGCAGGACAUCUUGAACGUCAGCACGUACUCGGCACGGGCUGAGCAGGAGGUCUGGUUGCACCAGAUCAACGUCUGAGUUCGCGUCGAAUCUGAAUGAGGAGGCCAGGAGGUCGAGGUCGGGGUCGAAAAACGAGUUCGAUAGUGCGACAUGGACCUGGAUUUGAUAUGGAGGGUUGAGGUGGCAG